GCAUGCUCUAGAGACAGACAAUUUUCAGAAGUUUCGUAUGGGGAUGGUUUUAUAUAAAUUCAGGUUUUUCCCACAAUAAUAAAUGUAUUUAGUCUCAGUGCUCAAUAGAAGAGAUUUCUAAUAGAAAAGGAUUCAAACUAUGAAACCAUUUCUCUUUUAAUGUUUCACAUUCCUGUUACAGAUUUGUUCUCUUGUGACUCUGUUAUCCAUAAUAUGGACAGUUCUUGAGUCCUAACAUUCAGAGGUUUUCCCUCAGUGCAUAGAGGGAAUGAGUAUUAAUUGGAGAAGAUUAAAGUAUUGCCACUUUAGCACUGAAGAUUGGGAUGAGAGGGGGUGAAACCUCACUAGAAAAAGGGACAAUGUUAGUGUGGCCCUUCCUGAUCAUGUUUAAGAAAAGUCAUGAAAAUGGUGAACUAGUGUUUCCAAGCAUAUUGGAAGAGUUAAGUGUAUACUGUCUGUCAAAGACUUCCAGCAUUUCCAGGUCCUAGAGAGGAACAAGACUGCACUUGGAUUCAGCUUCUUCAUUUCCAACAUGGAAGAAACUUACACCGACUCCCUGGACCCUGAGAAGCUAUUGCAAUGCCCCUAUGACAAAAACCAUCAAAUCAGGGCUUGCAGGUUUCCUUAUCAUCUUAUCAAGUGCAGAAAGAAUCAUCCUGAUGUUGCAAGCAAAUUGGCUACUUGUCCCUUCAAUGCUCGCCAUCAGGUUCCUCGAGCUGAAAUUAGUCAUCAUAUCUCAAGCUGUGAUGACAGAAGUUGUAUUGAGCAAGAUGUUGUCAACCAAACCAGGAGCCUUAGACAAGAGACUCUGGCUGAGAGCACUUGGCAGUGCCCUCCUUGCGAUGAAGACUGGGAUAAAGAUUUGUGGGAGCAGACCAGCACCCCAUUUGUCUGGGGCACAACUCACUACUCUGACAACAACAGCCCUGCAAGCAACAUAGUUACAGAACAUAAGAAUAACCUGGCUUCAGGCAUGCGAGUUCCCAAAUCUCUGCCGUAUGUUCUGCCAUGGAAAAACAAUGGAAAUGCACAGUAACUGAAUACCUAUCUCAUCAAAUGCCAGACCCUAGAAGACUCUUGCUUCUUCCUUCUACCAGUGGGUUCUCAUUUUCCUCCUAAUCUAAUUAUAGAAUGGUAAACUCUCUGUGACUUUCCAAACUGACAAGCACACUUUUUUCCUCCCCCCUUGAAUCCUCAUUUAAUGCAAGAACCCUCAUACUCAGAAGCUUCCAAAUAAACCUUUGAUACAGA